AUGUCAGCUUGGCGCAAACGAUUUUCACGAAAAUCACACCGGCUUACUGAAAAUGACGAAAUUCUCUUGAAUAAUACUGCCAAAUAUCGUCGAAAAUUACAUGCAGCUAUAUCUCAAAUAAAUCGUACAAAAAAAUCUGUACAACGAAAUUUUGAUAGUCCUGCAUCUGAAGUUCAUGUUGCUCGACUAAUCAAUGAUAUUGGUCAAUUAUCUGAUUGUAAAUCAUUACAAGAAAUUACUGGUUUAAUUGAUUCUUUAGCUAUGCGACAUCAAUUAUCAUCACGAAUAUAUAAUGAAUAUGCUAUGAAUUCACUUCAACAAUCAUUACGAAAACUUAAUGAUAAUUUAUUAAAUGAUUUUGAUAAAACAAAAUCAAUAUUCGAAGAAGCUUUAACCAAUCAUUGUUCAGAUCAUACAAAGAAUCAAUUAUUCACAAAAGUACAAAAUGAAUGGUUUAAACAUCAAAACUUAGCUAAUAAAGAACUUAAACAAGGUUUAUCAUCUUAUUGUGAUAUUGGUUUAUAUAAUCUUAAAGUACAAAUGGCUAUUCUGGAAAAACUACAAAAUUUUGUUGAUCAAUUACCUCAUGAUGAUAAUGAUACAAAUAAUGGUUUACCAAAUUUUGCUGGUAAUAGUAUAGAAACUCGACGUGAAAUAGAUACAAUGUUACGUGUUAUGUUGGAUGCAGCACCUAGUGAUUCAGCUUCGUUACCUGGUAUAAAACGACCGAAAUUUUUAGACAAUCAUUUAACGCUUUCAAAUUCACUUUAUUCGCCUGAAAUAUCUGAAGCAGCAGCUUGUUCGAAUUUACCAACAAUAGGACAAAGAAAUACACCGGUUAUUCCUCAAUAUCCUUCUAUGAUUGCUUCAGCAAUAGAAACAAAUAGACAAAUACCACAAUAUGACUCGGCAAUGAGCACACCUAUGGUAUCACACAAUGGUCGUUUUCAAAGUAAUAUUAAUAAAUCAAUGAAAUUAUGUCUUAAAAUUAUUAAGACAUUAGACAGCAUAGAUCUGAUACUUUUAUAA